UACAUGCGAUACAAACACGAAUCUUUUUUUCCCUAUUUAUAUAGGACUAAUUGCUCACCAUAUCUUCGUAUCAAAUUCUGAUUAUUAUUCAAAACUAUCUGUAGUCUCUCUGUCUGCUGCUUCAUGGCCUCUCUUCAGGUUGGUGCUACUCCAGUGGAGGAUGUGAUCAUCGAAGCAGAAGCAACCCCACAACUGGUGGCGCAGCCGCCCCCUCCGCCGCCGGAGCCCGUCAAGAGUACCGUGGAUGUAGAAGAAGAAGAAGAAGAAGGAGGAGGUGUGGACGAGUUAACCGCGCCGCCGUACGAAGGGGAGGUGGAAAACUGGGAUGAUGAGGAAGAGAAAGACGACAUCGAGUACUCGCCGUUGACGGAGAGAGAAGGCGGGGCGUUUAGGUCCGCCGCCGGACAGCCAGGUGCGACGUUUGGUGAUUUCAAUGAAGACGAGGAGGAAGAGGAUGAACACGCCCCCUGAUUAUUAGUUAAUAUUAUUAAUUCUUAAUUAAGCUGCUUUUAUAUUAUAAUUAUAAUAAUCUGUGGUGGAUUAUCAUGAUUUUACUUAAGUUAAUUUUAUGUACUGCAUCUGCAUGCAUGUUUUAAGUGACUUUUGGCUUAAGUUUGAAGUGUUCAAUUUGGAUUUGCAGCUUAAAUUACUACUA